GCAAAAAGCGCAGACGGAGAGUAGCGGCGACGCUGCUCGCGAACACUCCCGGCGACUGCGGCUCACACCUGGGUGGGGGAAACUGUCGCGGCGAACCCCUCCGUCCACAGCUGUGCGUGUCCUAUCCCCUGUAAACAAAACAGAAGGAAGAAGAAGAAGAAGAAGAAGAGGAGGAGGAGGAGGAGGGGGAAUGGUGUGGAGCUCCGGCGGACAGAAGACGGGACUCUGACAUCCGCAUCCAGCGGAGCGACUUCAAACUUCAACCGAAGUUUACCCGCAGUUUUUGCGUGUGGAGGGACUCGAGUGGUGCACUGCUGGAGCUUGAAGCUGACUUCCUGCAGGGCCGCUUCUUUGAGAGGGAAAUCCAGGAGAAAGGCCCGUUCACCCACCGUCUUCAUACUGGAAGCGGAAGGAUAACAACAAGAUGGCGUUAAGAUCCCCCGUUCCCGUGUUACUUCUCGCAAUAUGUUGCCUGGCAUCUGCAGGGCCUUUGUCUCGAAGCCCGUGUGAGCUGCUGCCGGUGGGGAUGGCACACCCGGUGCAGGCCAUGCUAAAGAGCUUCACCGCCCUGUCGGGCUGCGCGGGCAGGGGCACCACCAGCCUCGCUCAGGAGGUCCACAUCAUCAACCUGAGGGGACGCGCUCCAGAGGGACCAGACAGCCCACCGGCGGAGGUUGACUUGCAUCUGAAGCCCAUCCAGUCUCUGCUGCGCCACCAGAAGCCCCUGGUCUUCGUGCUUAACUCCCCCCAACCACUGAUCUGGAAGAUCAAGACAGAGAACCUGGCCCUGGGCAUCAAACAUACCUUUCAUGUAUCGGAGGGCUCAGAGGUCCGCUUUCAGCCGGGAAACUUCUCCGUCUCCUGCCAGAUCCAGAAGGAGACGCUUCCCCACGGCAACGAGCACCUCCUCAGCUGGGCCCAGAAGAAGUACAGGGCAGUCACCUCUUUCUCUGAGCUCCGGAUGACUCAAGACAUCUACAUCAAAGUCGGAGAAGACCCAGUGUUUUCUGACACCUGCAAGAUUGAUACCAAGUUCCUGUCUCUGAACUACCUGGGCGGCUACGUGGAGCCGCAGACAUCCAAGGGCUGCGUCCUGUCCGGUCUCGACAAAGACCAGGAGGUCCACAUCAUCGAGCUCCAAGCCCCCAACUCCAGCAGUGCUUUCCAGGUGGAUGUCAUAGUGGAUCUGCGGCCCCUGGAGGACGACGCCCCCCUGCACCGCGACGUCGUGCUGCUGCUCAAGUGCGCCAAGUCCGUCAACUGGGUCAUCAAAGCCCACCGCGUGAUCGGAAGGCUGGUUAUAGUGGCCUCUGAUACCGUGAGUGUCAGCUCCAACUCGGAGAGACUGAUGCACGUGUCAAAGUCCCCCAAGCAGAACUUGCCGUCAGGGUCACAAGCCUUGAUCAAGUGGGCAGAGGAGCAUGGUUACAGCCCCGUCACGUCUUACACCAGCACCCCUGUGGCUAACCACUUCAAUAUCCGACUAAGAGAGCCAGAUGUGGUGGAUCCUCUGGAGAGCAUGUUGCCCCCAGAGUUUUCCAUCCUGCGCGACUCCGGUCCUCACCCAGGGGCUGGAACCGCUUCGCGCCGCACGGGUCUGCCCUUCCCCUUCCCGCCGCCCGCCUCUGACGGCCUGCCCUACCUGCGGCUGCCCUCCGCCCUCGACGACCAGCCCUGGGAGAAUGGGGAGUACGAGGAGCAGCAGGGCGGCAGCGUUCUGAGCGUUGGCCUCAGCGUGCAGUGCGAGGACACAAGGAUGGUGGUCAGCAUCGACAAAGAGAGCCUGCAAGCGAACGGAGUGUUUCAUGCCAACCUCACGCUCCAAGACCCAGAAUGCAAAGCAGCAGUCAAUGCCACCCACUACACGCUGGAAACUCCUCUGACUGGCUGUCAGACGACCGUAUUUCCCAUGCAUGGUAGCGCUAUGGCCCUCCACAUCAACUCUGUCUUGAUAAGUCACGCUGAGACCAAGGAUGGGAGUGGUGGGCCGCUGGAUAAUGUGGAUCUGGAAUCCGGAGACGUGCUGUUCCCGAGGGACCCGGUUGACUCAGAGAGGACGUUCACCGAGCCCACGGAGCGCCAGUCUGCCAUAGUGUUCAAUUGCACAUACAGAAAGAACCAGGGAACCUCGGAAACGCUUCCCAGGAUUGUACCGGGACCGUCCAGGCAGCCGGUCAACAACAUGACGUUCAGCAUGGAUUUGUACAACACGUUGUCGUCCGACGACGCGUCCCGCCAGGCCUACUUCACUGUCUCGCAGAAUCAGCAAGUCUUUGUUGAGAUCACGUCGACCGCAUCCGAUCCUGAUGUGGGGUUUACCAUCAUAUCGUGCUCCGUCUCUCCCAACUCCAACCCCAGUACGGCCUCGGAGUACACUCUCAUCGAGACGGUCUGUCCCACCGAUGACUCCGUCAGCAUCUACCCGCAGAUGGACUUCCCUCUCCCUCAUCUGCAGAUGGAUAAGAAGAGCUUCAGCUUCACCUUCAACUCCAAGUUUAAUGUGUCCCUGCUUUUCCUGCACUGUGAGAUGUCCCUGUGCUCCAAGUCUCAGAGCAGCCAGAGACUGCCGUCGUGCCUACAGCCCGGUGAGAACUGUGAUUCUCUGAACGUGAACAACAUCCUCAAGAUGGUGAUGAACAGCAAGACAUCUACCAAGCCACUGGUAGUGGUGGAUGGCCCCGAUCAGCCCGACCUAACAGCUACUCCUACGCAGAAAGCCCCCCAGAGCCCACAGGAACAUCCUAAUCACAACACUCUGUAUGUGCUGGACACUCCAAUGGUGGUGGGAAUCGCCUUUGCCGCCUUCGUGAUUGGGGCUCUGUUGACCGGAGCGCUGUGGUUCAUCUACUCACACACAGGUGAGACAGCCGGCACACAGCAGGUCCAGAAGUCCCAGCCUCCCGCCUCCGAGAACAGCAGCGCGGCCCACAGCAUCGGCAGCACGCAGAGCACGCCCUGCUCCAGCAGCAGCACGGCGUAGGCCAGGUCGCUUCCCCGGCAUGGGGCACUGGAAAGGGCCCGACGGUUCACAGGGGCUGGUCUGUUGAUGUCCCUCCGUGACAGGAAUGAUUAUUUUGCGGCGGACGUGGUGGGAGCAGAAAAAAAAGAUUAUACAUCAUUUAAAAAACAAACAAACAAGAAAACUCACAUUAACACCUGUAGUUCUUGUGUCAGGCCCCUCGUGCCCCCACAGUUCUGCCCCGCAACCUCACCUCAUAUCUAGUACAAAAAAAAAUCUACAAGAAAAAAUGUGAGUGUAUACCAGACAUUUGCUUUUCGAAUCCAAAAGCUGCUUUUUUUUUUCUCCUGCCCACAACAGAGCCCUCUGUUUUGACCUUAGAUGGUUCGAUUCAGGCUGUUUGUAAAAAAAAAAAAAAAUUUAAAAAGCAGGUGCGCGCCAACAGCGAUGUCAGUAUUAGUGAGUGCACCGUAGCACAUUACUCGAUGCGCCGCGCCGCCGUCAACAUGGUGAAGCGGCGAAAGCAACCACUAUCAACACGCGGACAAAAGUGCAGUACGAGCGGAAGUCAUCGCCUCGAGCCACAGAGCGACAAGCGGCUUUUUUUCAAAGACGGCGGGACAGUGCUGGGCAUUGAAUGUAUACAGAAGAGUAAAUGCCCCCCAAAAAAAUGAAAAAAAAAUGUGAAAGAAAACUGUGAAAGUCACGCUGAUGAAAUCCCACGUACCAUAAUGUAUCCUUUAAACUCAUUCUGCCCUCGUAAUGGAUUUAUAGACACAUUUUACCAAGUGAUUUCUGUAUAGUAGUUAUAGGAAUGCAUCUCAGUAGGUCAUAGGUGUUCCACAACUUCACAGGGGCAUUAUGGGAUCCCUAUUGUUACAGCAGUAGUUUUGGUUUUAAUGGAUCAGUUUUGGGAACUGUGACGUGUGGCUUCAGCGCCACACUAAACACAGACGCGAAAGCAAAUGAUCAUAUUUCCCAAAAUUAUUCUUUUAAUAUGUGUAUACUGUUUAUAUUUCUGUAAAUACUGUACAUACUCCGAAAAUGUCAUGAAACAGAUUGUGAAAAUUAUGUUUUUUUUCGUACUGGACAGUGUAAGGUCCAAGGUGUCGCCACGUCAUAUGUUAAAAGUUACAAAAUAAGCACCACUGAUUACUAUUUCCAUUACAAAUCAAUGGGUUGGUUACUUUUACAGUUAAUCGUUUUAGUUGUUUGGUUGAGAAUAUAGUGAGAAAUGCUCAUCAGACCAACACAUCCUCACAGGAGCUGUAAAAAAUGAAUAUUAUUCCCUUGAUAAAUAUGGAGAAAUGAUGACUAUAUUUCGAUCAAUUGACUCACAGAUUAUUCAGCUAGUUGGAGUGUUGUCAGACACCCGGAGCCCAAGAAAGAGUCGUUUUGUUAUUUUCAUAAAGCCAAAUGUUCCGUGUAUGGAUUUUCGUUAUCACCUUUUUUUUGUCGUAAAUCUUGGCACUGACCAUGUUGAAUAAGCUGUAGCUGAAAAGUGUUGUUUUUUUUACGAACAUACGACUGCCCCACCGUGUCAGAAUAGCGUGAAUGUUUGCUGUAGUGCCUCCCUUCAUCAACCUGUAUGUGCUCUUAUCAGAAUCUGUGUGUGGGGCUAACUGGGGAAUCGGAGAGAGAAGUUUUAACCGUGUCUCCGUCGAGGAGCAACAGUAAAAAAAAGCUGAAUGUACGUAAUCUCAAAGCUUUUAAUCUUCUUUUCUUUUCUUUUUUUCCAUAUGUAAACAUGUAUAAAGCUUUCUACAGAGGGAACAGAGUAUAAAUAUAUAUAUUUGUGUAUAAAAUUAUAUUUUGGAAUAUAUUUACAGAGAGAAAUCUAUUGUUGUCUACGUUUGUAUUAAACUGUGAAUUUGUGGAUGUGCUCAUUCAUAACACACGUCCGUCGAGGAUUCACGUAGAUCAUUCAUAGGAGCCUCGUGGCAUAAGUUAUGACACUUUGAAUCUGCAAUUAUAGAGCUCUUUUGUUAAAUAAUGAAAUUGUGAUUUCCUUACAAUAAAUAAAAGUCGAGUUGAUUUCAAGAAUUAUAUCUUUGAAACUUUCAUUUCAAAUUUUUUAAUGAAAGAACGUGUCAUAACGCAUGUAAUGAGACCGAAAUGAAGACUACAUAUAAACGGUAAAAUGUAUUGUUUCUUCUGCACAUCUGGAAGAAAUGCUUCCACAGCUCCUAUGUUUUGUUUCAUCGUCCAUUGUAGUUUUGUCGUCGCAUUUUCCCACUUGGCAAUAACGUCUCGUGCCUGAAGCUGUCGCGUAUUGGUUUUGCAAUUUUGUAUAAAUCGUUUGGGGUUUUUUUUUUACUCAAAUAUUUUCACAUGAAGUAAAUAAAUCAGAUUUGUACCUUUUCAAUCAGCAUCUCAAAUAUCAAUUUCAUAUGCUCGAAGAUGAGCUGUAGCAAUGACUGUUUAACAACUCUUUUUUUUCUUCAUCGUAACGUUAGAAAGGCUCACAUAACCCCCUGUUUUCUUCCUCCCAUUGUCAUAACCAAUGACACCUAUCUCCUUGAGGUCGUGACAACCACAUUCCAUCAAAGCUGAACCACCGAUGGCAGCGGUUAUUAGGUUAGGUAUUAGGAUUAGGUAACAAAUGUGCCUGCGCUCCUUUUUCGACUGGAGAAAAAUCCAACAGUUCUCUUCAUUUUGGGGGGGUUUCUGGAAACCUCAGCUGUUUUCACUAACACUUGAGAAAUCAUUCUUUAUUAACUUAUAUUAUAGAGCCACUUGGUUUCGGGGCAACACGAGACCAUCAGUGUUUGUUUUGCCCAGGCCUCGGGCCAGGAGGGGGGGGUCCUCGGGUUGCUCAGUUAUGUGGUAAAUAUACAGAAAAGGGGGCAUGUUGUGCACUGCUGCGGCGUUAUUGUGAACAACAACAACAACAACAACGCUGUGUCCCACUGUACACAGAAUAUACUCUCCGUGUCUCACAGGGCGUAAAUAUAAUCAGCGGCCGUUGUGGGACUGAGGCUUUUCUCCACAUUCCUGCAGUUCUGUGGUUUUUCUCUUAUCGACUGUGGCGAAUCCAACCUCCCCAUAUGUAAUCCCCCCCCCCCCCCAUGUCCCGCUGUGAAGCUGCUGAGCCUCGGCGUCACGAUCUGGACACAAUCUUCUCGUUUGAGAUCAUUUGGAGAUUUUUUUUCUUUUCCUUUUUUUCUCGUUGGCUCAAGCUGAUGAUUCAACAUAAACAUUCCUCCCCCUCCGUUUCCCCCGGUGCAUGCUGGGCAAACCACUAACCAACCCCUUCAUGGCGGCGAGGAAGAAUCUGUACAAUGUAUGAUGCUGUAUCACACGAGGGACAGUGAGCUGUAUCACGACUGGCCCGUCCCCGAUCUGAGGACCCGUGAUCUGUGACCGGGGCGCGAGGCCGUCGAACCCGUCGUCGAUUGUAUUUGCUUGUGACCAUUUGACUACCUCAUGUUUUUCUAUGAAUGUAUAAUAUGUGUGUGUGUGUGUGUGUGUGUGUUUUCUGCUCCUGCAUGUGUGAACUCAAGAAAAGUUGAAACGUUUGUUUGUUUGUUUGUUUGUGGGGGGGGGCUGCGUGGUUUUUACUGCCGUUCACGUUCAAUCUUUCUGUCUCAAAGCAAAACAAAAAAGGAAAAUGAAGGGUUCCAUGUUUCCCAUCAUGGCCGAGAUCUGCCCUUUCUUCUUUGGGUGGUGGUGGGGGGGGUUUUCUUGUUGUUUGAAGUUUCUUGUUGUUUGUUUUGUAGUUACUGUUUCCUUUGGAUUUAAAAAAAACAACAUUUUAUACGCUGUAAAUAUGCAUGACACUUGUAUAUCCAAUUAUGCCCAAUAAAUUUUCGUAAUAAUCCA